UUCCAUUUGUUUGCAUUCUUGCAUACUAGUGUUCUUAAUUAUCUUUAAUAAACAAAAAAUGGGUUUUCUUUUCUUUAGUUAUCUAUGGAUGUUUGUAUUAUGAUUGUAAUGCUAGGAAUCAGCAGGUUCUUAUUCAAAGAAAAAUGGGUUUUUGGUUUUCUCCUUAAUGAUUAUAGAAUAUAGUUUAUGGAAGUUGUUUAUGUAGAGUAUUAUUAUUGGUGGGUUCUUUGUAAAUUCCUGUAUUUUGAUUGCUCGAGUGAGAAACUGGGUUUUCCUGUUUGUUUUUUUCUUAAUGAUUUAUACCGUCUUUGCAGUUUAGUUUACAUCUAUGUUUUUAUUUAGUCGUGAGUUGUUGUAAGAUUUGUAUUCAUGUUGUUCAUAUGUAUUGGGGUGAUAACAGGGGAGUAAAAUGGAACGAGGAUAAUCUUGUGGAAAUUGAAGCAAAUAAGCCUGUGAGGCAGAAAAUCACUGAACCCAAGACCCCGUAUCACCCCAUGAUUGAUGUUGAUGAUGAUUCUCUUUCUCCAAGGGGGGGCAGCUUUAAUGAGGUUAUUGAGGAUGCAAUGCGUGCAGAAGAUCUGAGGUCUGCAUUGGAUAUUAUGGCAUCCUCAAGUAGAAACCCAACUAAACGAUCUAGUGGCUGGACAUCAUCUGAGGAUGAGGCUGAUCCUAUGGAACAAGAUGAAGAAGAUUCUGAAACGGAUAGAAGUUCAAGUUUUAGGGAGCUGAGACGAGCACAUUAUGAUGAGUUUCGGAAAGUGAAGGAACUAAGGCGGAAGGGUUCUUUCCUAGAGGACGAAGAUGAUGAAGCGAAUGGUGUCGAGAAGGAGGGCACUUCAUCUUUAACUGCUGGUGUGAGAGAUAUAGAGAUUGAAGAAGGUACUGCAACUUCACAUAAAAAUUCUUCACCUCCAGCUAAUGGGGUUUAGAGGCUAUCAAACCAAUCUGACACUUGAGAAGCUGACAGUUUUGGCACUUUCAUGGUAUUUUGUUACAAAACAAGAUGUAUCUUACCUUCUCUCAAACACAAAGAUGUAACCUUUCCUGAUUUGUAUGUUUUCAUGUGUGAUUUUACUUGAAAUUUGUAAAUAGAUUUUGAGCCUUGCAUUGUCAAUUGUCAUGAGACAACUUUUUGGUUGCAGCUGCACCCUUGUUCUCCUCCGAAGGAAAUAAACAUGUGUUUUCUUUUAUGGAUAAUUGAAUCUUUUGUUG